UAUGAUCAAGUUCGUUCUUCAUUAAAUCAUCAAGUACUAUUUGUUUUCUUUGCUUUCAACAAAUUAAAAGCGAUUCAAAAUGAGCGUAGAGAUCUUGAACAGUGCAACCAUUAUGAAUUUUGUGGAAGAUGAAGAAGCUUUCAGUGGUUGGAUAAGAGAGCGUUUUAGCCAUCUUGACAUUGAUAGAGAUGGAGUUCUUUGUUAUGGAGAGAUGUUGAAGGAGUUGCAGAGUCUUAGGGUGUUGGAGACUCAUUUUGGGAUUGAUACGAAACCCGACCCCAACGAGCUUUCGUCCGUCUACGGCUCCUUGUUUUUACAGUUCGAUCGCGACUGCAAUGGAAAAGUUGAUCUUGGUGAAUUUAUGGAAGAAACCAAGAAGAUGAUGUUGGCCAUGGCUAAUGGAAUUGGCCUUUCUCCUGUUCAAAUGUUGUUGGAAGAAAAUAGUUUCUUGAAGAAAGCUGUGGAUAGAGAAUCCACCAAACUCGCUGCGGCUUAAUUGCAAUAUAUAUAUAAGUUCUUUCCGAGAAGGUGUAUACCAAUUAUUACGACAUGCAGAGCUAAGAUUAAUUGAGUUGAAUUUUGAUUUUCUUUGGAAGGAUGCUCAUUUCAUCCUAACAAAAUGUUAGAGCAAAACUGAAAUCAUUCAUCUUUUUUCUUUCGAUUGAUGAACUUUUACAUUUUUGUGUAUGAUAAUGGUAGAAAUCAAAUCUGCCUUUUUUCCAUUUUUGACAAGGAUGUAAUAUAAUCUAGCUUUGAGACAGUAAUUUAUUUAUCUUAUAGCUGCGAAUUUAA